AUGAGCGCGGAUCCAGAGGUGAGUACAGAGCCAGGGGUGCCGGAGGAGAUGGCCGGGGCUGCCGCUCCGGCAGCGGCGCCGCGGCUGCCAUUGCAGUCAGCCCUUCUGCGCGACGUGGAACAACUUCACAGUGCCGUCGUGCAGACCGCGUCGCUUCUCACGGAGACGACGGAGCAACUGUUGCCUAUGCGAGCUGCACUAGCGACGUUGAUGAGCAACCUGCGCCUAUGUCGUCAUUGCAUACGAAGGAAAAAGGCAAAUGGUAUUGUUUCUCGUCUUUUGAUUGCCGGACCCGCGCAGUCGGGGAAGAGUGCCGUAUUGGAUUUUAUUUUUCAGCCCCGGGCCCAGACGACGCUGGAAACUGCGGCCAUGGCUUCUAUUUCACCUGGGGCCUCUACUGCGGUUCUUGUAGACGGGGAUUGCAGCACGAGCUUGGAUUCCACAAGGAGAAGAUCCCUGCCGCCGCCGGUGAGGUUCCAUGCGGCCCCAGUGGGAAAUUACAGCAUGAAUCGCUCGAGUAUUUGCAGUGCCGCCUACGGUACAAUAGGCGGGUUGCUGUGCAAAAGGCCUAGUGGGUUAAAUGAGGUGGAGGAGUGCGAUGAGGUAGAGGGUAUUCUUUGCCCGUCGGAAUCCUUGACAAGCGCAGUUAACUCUCCGGACCGCGGCAGCAAGCUACACUCAUGGCAAAAUCCUGACGAUGUUGUGCCGCAAGACGCGACUCUGUCACCCUUUCUUGGCGGCCGUGCACGUCGGCGACAGCCUCGUUGGAACGAUGGGCAAAGAAGUAGACCGUUUUUAAAACUUGUGAAGGUCUCGCCGUUUCCUGAGACGCAUUUGACGCGGUCUGUGUCGAGUGACGCUGCGUCGUUUUGCACGGAUUCAACGCCGUUCCCUUGCGCACUGGUGGCCUCUGGUGGGUUUGAGACGACCGUUGUGGACCGUAUUCGCAGGAGCCAAUCUAACACGGUCGUGGAUUGGCUACGACAGGGGCAGAAUUACAGGUGCUGUUGUCUGACCAAUGAAAGCUGCUCACCGCUGUCGCAUAGCGGCGCUUCUCUUCUUCUUCGGCGGACGGCAGCGACGUCUGCCGUCGGUGUGGAACCGGAUUGUGUCUCUCCAGGGCCAUCUAAGCUGUGUCCAGCACACUCUUGGCUGUUGCAGGAGGGCGCAGGGGGCGUUGUGCGGGGCGAGCAUGAAGGGACGUCAUUCGUUCAGCUGCCUGACUCCCUCCGCGCCGAGGCGGUUUUCUUCACGCUUCCGUGCGAGCUGGUUGGCACGCACCGCAUGCUGGCUGCCGUGAAUAAACUUUUUCACCCCUUUGCUGUCCGCACUGAGGACGACGCCGCGGGUGAGCCUGCCACAACGCUGCCAGGCCAACAGCAGUGCCACCAUCCGCAGAAAAAGGCACAUUGUGCUCACGCUGCGGAUGACAGAGAGGCUAUUCGUCAGCUCAUUUCGGACAUGACGUGCUAUGUACUAACCUUCUCUGACGCCAUUCUCGUGCGUUCUGAGGGCGUGCAUACGACGGACAAGCAACUCUCCAAUCGGCCACCACCGAUGGCGGGGAGUCUUCCGGAGCUCAUUGCGUUGUUUCAAAAGGAAAUGCGGCGACUCUUUGACGUUCAUGUGGAGGAUUGGCAGGUGAUUCCUUUUAGUGGUCCUAUGAGCCGCGUCACAAGGGAUGCGCUUACGGCGAUUUACGAGAAGCGCUUCACUACGGCGCGAUCCCUGGAUGUCGAGGAGACUCUACCAUCUGCCUCCACCGCGGGCUCGCCGUUGUUUCCAGCGAGUUCCACCGCCUUGUUGCCGACACCACCGGUUGCAGGGAAUACGGAACUGAACGCGCAGUCGGCAAUAGCAGAGUAUUGUGAUGUCGUGUAUGGCCAGCGAUUCAAACAGCGCCAAGACCGUUUGUCGCCAGAGCAACUGGAGGAAGUCGUUUGGCAGCACGCCUUGAGAGACAUGUGGCGCGCGUCGGGGGCACAGCAGCUUCUUCGCACGGCAAGAUGCUUUGAGUGGAAUUUCUUUCAGAACACUUUGUUUUACCUUGCCCUCUCGCUCGUGCUUUGUAGCAGGCAGCUGCAGUUGGUGCUACCACAGGCACAGAAAUCGCUUCGGCUGCAAGUGAAAGGUGCCCAAAAUGAUUUGAGGCGACUAAAGCGGGAGGAUGGCAGGGUGAGUUUGGUGCUUCGGCGACUGAGGGAGGAGUGCAUCCCUCGGCAGAUGUCCCAAGUUAUUUUGCAUAGGGUUCAGGAACAAUUUGAGGAACUCACCCUGCGCUUUUGGUGGACGUUGGUGACGCUGCUGGACGAGGAGAAUGUGCGCUAUGAUGUCUACCGCCGCGGCGAGACACAAAUGCUACCCUCCUCUCCUCGUUACCCGCCGCUGACGCCAUCGGCGUCGUCUGUGGAGGCGCGGGAGCGACUGUGCAAACGGUACCGCCGUUUUCUGGGGGCUUACGUGGCCCAACGUUACGAGACCCAAAUGUCGCAACUGCAGUCCAUCAUUCGCGAGGCGGAUGCGCGGACCGGCAACGCCACACUGGUGACGGGCGUCAAUGGAUGCCCGAACGAUGCAGAGAGGACGCGUGAGUUGCCCUCCGGCGCUGCGUCUGUGUUGGCCCCCGACCUGCCGCGCCCUGCGGAGGACGUCAGGCACCACAUUCCUUUUGUUGAAGCGAACGCGCGGGAGUUGAAGCGGACGAUGCGGAAAGAGCUCUCCCUACUCGUUGCUCGCCUCAACACUGAGGUGAUCAAUUACUUCAUGGCGGAGCUGGUAAUUGCGUUGCCAGGGUUUGUCAAGGUGUGUGAAGUGCAGCGGGAGCUCGCGAAGCGGACAAUGCUGCAGCUGGUGACUGCCGUGAACUCUGGAGAGGCGUACGACCCCACAGAGCGAAAGUUGCUGCGUUCAAUGCUGAGUGAAAUCCCACGCUUCCCGCUUCUUGAGAUGCGGCCAAACCAGGAGCUCGAGACGUUUGUAACCGGGCUGCGGAGUGCGCUGUGCCAGGACCAGGUGAAGUUGUACGUCAAGCAGCUGGAUGGGGGCUGGGACGGGCAGUGUGCGGGGUGUGCGGCAACGACCUCGGCGUACCUGGCGAAGUCGGAAGAGGAGGGCCACACGCGGCAGCUGCGGUCGCUGGACUUUGUUCAGCCGCGGAAGUCCAGCUUCCUGCGGCUGCUGCGCGAGCACCGCGACAUCGCCUGGGCCCCGAUGGAGGUGGCUGAGCUGACGCCGCCGUCGGCGCCGAGCCGGGUGCAGAGGUCGGGCUCCGUUGUGUUCAAGCGGCAGCCGUCGACGGAGGACGCUGCGGGGGCGACCGCAACGCCCGCGGUAGACACGUACACGGUGACCGCGAAGAAGCACCCACACGAGGGUGACAAGGCCACACUGAACCUAUACAGCGACAUUGUUGCCUCCAGGAGCAACCCGAUCUGGUUCUUUCUUGCCGUGUGGCAGGAGGCACUUUCUGCGAUGACGUUUUCUCCCUGGCUGCUGUUGCACGGCGUGCGCUAUGCCACUCUGCUAAACAAUAUUACGUUCAUUUUACUCAAGGGGCAGGCUCGGCUGGAGGCGGUGACGAGGGAAGAAAGCUGUAAGGCCGAGGCAACACUGCAGAGCCUGUGGCAAGAAAAGCGUCUCCUGGGGGAGGACUUGCCCUCCUCGCUGCAGCACCUCAGCACCACCGCCAAGGCCGUGGCCUGUGAGAUGAAGUCGCUUAAUGCAGAUACCUUUCGAAGCCUCUCCGUCUGA